AGGAGUCAGCUCAGGAGUUAGGAAGAAAAGCAGUCCCUUCAGUCAAGCUUAAGCUCUACUUCAGUGAACAGGUGAAGUCCUUUGUGGCUUCACAGGAAUUCACUGCACAGGAAGAUUCUGAGCAUUCACCAACAUCUUUGAGAAAGGAGCACACCUCAUCACAGAGAGGACUUUCCAUGUCAGGAUACACAAAGAUGGAAGCCAGAAGUAACUCCCAUCUCCUGGUAUCACUGAUGUUUCUUAGUGUCUUCUGCUCACAAACACUGGCAUUACCUCUUGAAACAUAUUCUGCCAUGAGUAGGCUGGGCAAUGGUGUGCUGUUUGAUGGCCCUAAUGAACCUGAUCAAAAUCUAGGCUUAUUAAAUAUGGAAAAUGAUCAUCUGGAAAGUUCAUUACCUGAAAAUUACUUGUCUUUUUUGGAUGCUCCCCGAGUGUUGAACAGAAAUAGCAGACAUGUUAAGGGGAUGUACGCCAGUGAUGUUAGCAAAUACUUGGAGGAACUUGCUGCUAGACAAUUCAUUAAAUAUCUUAUUGAAAGAGGAGAUAGCAAGCUUCGUAUGCUAGAAAAGCGUCACUCUGAUUCAGUCUUCACUGACAGUUACAGCCAAUUCCUGAGGAAGGAGGCAUUGAAGAAAUAUUUAGAAAAAAUUUUGAAUGGAAAGAGAAGUGAAGAAGAUAAUCCCAACCUAGAACCUUGAAAGUGAUAUUCUAGAAGUAGAGCCGAUGCAUUGCUUCCUCAUGAAUUCUUGAAAGAAAUGUAUGAUGAACAAAUUGACUAUUUUUUGAGUUCCACGUAAAUCUAUCAAAGAAACAUCUUCAAUAUCA